AUGGCAAUUCUCUACACACAGAUAAUAAAGCUUCCCGACUAUAGGAUACUGUCUGGAGAGUACUCUCCACAAAGCAACUCUCUUAAGCCUGGAAAUGAGAUAGUCAAGGAGCUAAGGGAUGCCGUCAAGUCGAUUCCAAGCAGCGGGACGACGUUCUAUACAUUCAAUUCUUCUGACACGAGGUUUGUGUUCUACUUCAAGAUAAGCCCCGGGCUUGUUUUUGCUGUGAUAAGCGACAAGUACACAUCGUCAAAGAUAGCCUCGGGAUACAUGGACCGGGUUAUGGAAGCCUUUGGCAAAAUAUAUGUUGAAGACCCAAAGACAACAUACUAUACCUUUGACCCUACGAUCAAGGCGAUUUCUGACAGGUUCAACAGAGACUCGAACUAUGCACAGGGAAUGGCUGUUGUCGAAGAAACAAAGGGGCUGCUUGCAGAGUCUCUUAACAUGAUAAUAAAGAGGGACGAGAACAUAAAUAACCUGAAGGGUCUUGCCAGCAGGAUGACUGCCGAGGCGCAGAUAAUGCAAAAGAACGUCCAGAGGAUGCACUUAAAGAGCAUGAUGAAUGACUACUGGAUAUACGUGGUGUUUGCUGUCUUGAUUGUUCUUUUCCUGUACUAUAUAACUCAUUAA